AUGGACAGGACAACGAUCCACCCAUAUCAGAGCUCACCAUCAACUCAACUACAAGGCUACCUUCUCAAAGAAGGUGGAAUAUACAAGAGUUGGAAAAAGAGAUGGUUCUGUAUUGAAGGCGAUUCACUCAAGUACUAUGUCAAUGAUACAAAGACUGAGCUGAAAGGCAGUAUACUGUUGACGUUGAUACUUCAUGUUAGACCAGUGGUCAACAACAACUCAAAUAGGAACAGUCAGACUAUUACACCAUCAUCAAUCACUACGACAAAGAUCAAUCAAUCUGCCACAUCAAUAUCUGUUGAUAUAAGUUCACUUCAACAACAACAACAACAACAAAAUGGAAACAACAAUAGACAACAAUUAAAUCACAGUGGCGCGGCACUAUCGACGUCAAUGAGCAAACCAUUCUCUAUGUCGGGCUCCUUUGCCUUUGGCAGCAACCAGCAGCAACAACAACUGGACAAUGCGCAACAGCAACAGAACACACAACAACAACAACAACAGACACAGCAGGAGUGGAUAUUCAAUGUACAUACACAACAAAGGACGUACACAUUCAAGGUCUCGGAGGAGGUCGAGAUGUGGAGAUGGGUACAGGGCAUCCGCGGUAUCCAACUCGAGUCCAAGCAGAAGGAGCUCGAGUCCAACAAGAAGGAGAAGGAAAAGGAGCAGAAGCUGAACAAGUCGCGCAACUCCCUCGAGUACUCUGGCGAGAUGAUCAAGCCCCGCGUCGAACAGCUGCACUAUCAGGUGCAGGAGGCAAAGGAGCACCUCAAGGAGACCAGACAAGAGUGGGACGUCUUUGUCAAGGACUACAGCACACUGCUAAACGUUGUCAAGAGUCGAGUGCAAGAGCAAUGUACCACUGCAUAUCGUCGAUCACUCCUAAUGUCCAAUUCUCAUCAUCAACUACCAAAUCACAACAAUCAUAAUCACAAUCACAAUCACAAUCAACAGCGUCACGAUAACAAUCAUCCAGCGAGUCCACAUGGAUGUGAUGGAGAGUCCACACUUGGCCACUCACAAUACUCACAACAGAGUGAUGAACUCAACUCCAACAAGGCAGAGAAUGGCAUGGCACUAUGGUAUCCCGAUGACUCGACAUACAAGUGUCACAGCUGUCUGUCCAUCUUUACAUUCUUCAAGAGAAGGCAUCACUGUAGGAACUGUGGCCACUUAUUCUGCGCAAGAUGUUGCAAUCAAGAAGCCAAGGCUAUUGGAUACGUGGACAAGGUUAGAGUGUGUCAACAGUGUGCUCAACACUUGUGGACCAAACAUGAUAAGGUAUUGAAUGUCCUGUCAAUGUCCAGCUAG